GCCAUAUUAUUUGUUGUGAUUGAUCUUCGGAAAUGUGAAGUUAAUGGUAAAUAUGUUUGUUAGUAUAUUAAUGUCCUUCAUCCUGGGAAAAAUUAUUCAGAAAAACUUGGAUUAUGUGUGUUUAUUAUAUUAGAGACGGAGUUUUAUAAUAAAAUAGUGAGUCAACCUCUUUCUUACAACCUUUAAAGGAAUUCUGUUGCUUAUGAAGUUGCCAUUCUCUCCUUCCCUUUGUUUUUAAAAUUUUCUCGUUCAUUAGAUGGGAUGCUGAUAUUAGUUUUCAAAAUGGAUUAAAGUUAUAGCUAUGAUGCUUUUAUCAUCUAAAGGCAGACUGUAGGUCUGUUUUGAGAUAUAGCCCAUGAUGUUUGAAGGGAAACAUAUCCAUUACUCUCCUCUGAAUAAGAAACCUUUAUGUUCAUACAGUGGUAAACUUUGUAAACAGAGACGCAUCAAUGGCUAUGCUUUUUGCAUUCGACAUAUUUUGGAGGAUAAAUCUGCUCCAUUUAAGCAAUGUGCUCAUGUUGCUCGAUAUAAUAAACAGAAAUGUACCAAUCCCAUUCCUUCCAAUGAAAAUAGGGAAUUUUGUAAUAGUCACAUGCAAGUUGCUGGGAUGUUGCCAAAGAAAGAACGCAAGAUUAAAAAGGAAAAGGAAAAAGAAGUUCUCCUAUCUGUUGAAGGGAAGUUGAAAUUUGCUGAUCGAUUGAAAGCUUUAUUGACAAAAGAAAGUAGUGUAUCGUGUAAUGAAGACACUUAUAAUUCUGAUGAUCCUUAUGCAUUUCCAGAUACUGUUUCUGAGAAUGAAAAUGGUUGCAUUGGUUUUUCUGCAACUCCUAUUCUUAGGACUGUUUGGAAUAAUUCUCAGAAAAGCUCACCAGAUACUUCAUCCUUAGAUUCCCCGUCAAGAUGUGAGCAACCUACAAAAAUUACACUUUCCAAUGAUAGCAAAUUAAAGAGCAAUGCUCCUACUCUGUCACAAACUAUGAACAGACUUCAUGCUAAAAUUGCACAAAAUAAACUCCUUGAUAAGCAAAAGAAAACUCAAGAUUCUAGUCAAAGUAAUGUACCCUUAAUAAAUUCCCAAUUGCAAACAAUAGGCAAUGUAAAAAGUGAUCCCUUGUCCCCCUUGGAAAUUAAUAGUAUCAGUUCCGAAUCUAAUGAAGCUAAAAGAAUCUCUGAAGCAAUAAAAGAUGAAAUAGUUAUUAAAAUGGAACCUGUGGAAGAUAAUGGGCGAUCUGAAGACUCUAUAGUAUCUAAUUUUAUAUCUUCACCUAAUCCACCAUCAGUUGUUCAGGCUGAUUCACGAAUGUCAUCUGGUGUGAAUUCCUGUUCAUCUGAAAAGUAUUUCUGUGACCCUGAUAAGUCUCCAGCGCCCAGUGAUAUUAGUUCUAAAGAAAAGCCUUUGAUAGAGACAGUAAAGAAGGAAAAACCUGAAGCAGCAACGAAUAGUAGAAUUCCUAUUGUGUUAAGAAAGUUGCAUAGAAUUUUCAAAAACAGAAAAAAGCAAAAUAAAUACAUUUUUCCAUCUGGUCUGUAUUCAUCUGAGAGUGACAGUAGUGAUAGUGAGGAUGAAGGUCACUUAUUCAGUCAGUUAUCUCGAUUUUGUUCGUGGGAUAGACAAAGUUCAAAUUCUUUACAAAAUAUGAAAGCGGAUUCCCGAACAUCUCAGCAUGCUCAGUUGAAGACAGAACUCUUAAGAAAUUACUAUCAACUUUGUCGUUUGCAUUCUCUUCAGAAGCAGGAAAGAGAACGACAGCGAGAAAUUAUCCAGCCACUUAUAGAGGCAGCUCGAGCUUAUCCUAUGCAAGCAACUGAGAUUUUAUCCAAUUACUUAAAAAAUCCUCUGAAACAAAAGAAAAUUGAUAAACCAAUUACAUCUACUAAGAAAUUUUGUACUUUUAAACGAGAUGAAGUUGCUUGUCCCAAUCCUGCUCUUCCGUAUACUUGGCAUUGCAAGAAACACAUCACUUACAAUGUUGACCAGCUUUUAUUUGAACAUUGCACUGCUAAAUUUGCCGAUAAUACUCAGUGUUGUGUUCCUGUAUUUGAUGUUUGUCAUGAACUUCCUUUGUGUUUUGAACAUGCUAAAAAAAGGGAUAAUUAUGAUAAAAUGGCAUCUGAGCCAAAGCCAAAGAAACCUAGGAAAAAACCAAAGCCAUCUGCAUUAACUAGGCCCCCUAAGCGAGGCAAGAAGAAAAAGAAGCCAAGUUCUGUCCGUCCCUCAACACCUCCUCCUCUUCCUCCUCCUCCUCCUCCAGUAUUGCCUUCUGUAUCGUUACCUUCUAACUGUCAUCAAAUAGAAAUUCCGAAUGUAAAUUCAUUUUCUAAUGAAGAUAUCAAAUCUGUAGAAGCUGUUUUGCCUGUUCCUGACUUAAAUAAAGAUAUAAAUGGUGAUUUACAUGGGGAUUUGGAAAGUGAUUUAGAGGAUUUCUCUCCAGGUGCUAUUGAGAAAACUUUAGAACUGCCAUUAGAUACAGCUGAAUUGGCAAAUCAAGCUACAAAACUUUUAGAAGAACAUGAUUUUACUGAUGUCUUAAAUAAAAUUCCAGAUGAUGCUUUUAAUGAUCUCUUUGUUGAUACUAGAAAUGGCGAUUAUAUUCCUACUCGAGAAGAGACUGAAGAACUUGAAAGAGCUCUUGCUGCUGUUUCCAAAGACGUCCAUUUAGCUAAAGAAUCGCUUGCAAAAUUAUCAUCUGCAACUACUGGACCUGAUUUAGAAGAAUUGGAACGUACAAUAGAAAUUCAUGGCAGUUUAUUGGGUGCUGAGAACUUGACAAGUGCAAUUGAUGAAAAUUCCUUUGCAGAUUUGCCCAAUAACCAUAUGGAUACAUUAAAUGUUAUUUCUAGUAGCUUUUCUACAAGUGAUUUAAAUUCAUUUACCCAGGCUCUUUCUGCAAUGACUCCAGAAAGUCUAGACCAAACUAAUCUUCCCUGUGUCACUGAGAGCUCUCUUAUACCCAAUUCUUUAAAUGUACCUCUUACCAAUUCAGAACUCCCUCAUCCUGAAAUGCUCAAUGGUCAUUCUGAAAUCUUAGCUGGGCUUCAUCCUCUACAUGUAGACCCUACAUUUUCAAGUAAUCUUUUAAAUACUUCUACGGGUCUCAGUCUUACACAUCCAAGUACUGUUGAUAAUAAGCUUUUUACGAAUGGAUCUUUACUAUCCACAAUGUUUUAUAACAUUGGACAAGUAUCUUCCAAUACACCUCCUCCACAACCACAAACAUUUACUGUGGCAUCCAUCUCUGGGAGCAAUACCUCUGAAGAGGUAGGUCUUAUGUCUAAUUCUGGAGGCCUUAACAAUUCAAACAAUUGGCUGCUCAAUUCACCAGAUGUCCUGGCACAACUAGCUUAUCAGAAUGGUUUUCUUGUGGCAUCACAGGGGAGUAAUUCAUCUUAUGCUAAUUCAUUUAUUGGAAAAUACCCUGUGCAAGAUAUUGCCUCUGAGAUGGCCUUAGGAUCUAAUGACUCUCCUUUGAUGCCUCCCAUUGGUUGUAAUGCAGAAAAUGUGAUAUGUGGAACAACUGAGCAGCCGAUACACAAUAUAAGUAUUUCCAAUGGACCUGCACCAUCUUUGCAGCAAACUAGUUCUGUGAAAGUAAUUGUGCAGGAAGGAGCUUCCUAGCAGUUGCUUAUGCUUAAUGUACAGAAUUCUGGCCGUACCAUGUAGGAGAAUGCAUUUAGGUAUACAUUUGCACACUUCACUAUCAUAAGGUUGGAAGUUGAGGAAACUUUUGCUAUCUUUACCUGCAUUGGGCAGUUUUUUGGACGGGUAUGUGUACCUUUAAUAAUGGCAUCAUGCUCAACUCUGCAUACUGUGUUUUUCUUUAUUGUAAAAAUUCUCAUAUAACCAUGUGAAUUUGUCAUUGGACUGUGUAUAGUGUCGUCUCUUAUGAAAUUUUUUCAUUUUUUUUUGUACAGAUAUUUGAUGUUGUGUUUCUGUUUGAUUCUACUUUAUUUAAUCUGCUUAGAAUACUAUUAAAUUUUAGCAAACUUGCUUAUCUCAGUGUUUUCAUAAGUAGAAUGUGUCUAAUUAAUUGAUGUUUGAUUAACUUUAAAAUAAUCGUGGUUUAACAAUAAUGUGCUAUAAAUGCUAUUUUUUUCUCUACAAAUCAUUGCAUGCUGUGUUCAUCAGUUUUAUGAUGUCUUGAA